AUGGCUCAUCAUGGCCAUUGGCGCGACUCUCGGACCAGCAGGCUACUUAGAGCGAAGCGCCGCUUAGAAGUGCUGGAGGAAGCUGCGAAAGACGACAAUGGCCCAUCGAGUAUUUUAAUAAGUGGGGGAGAAAUUGAAAAUGAGCCUUUGGCGUCCCCGGAGGAUAUCAUUCUCCCCGAAUAUCCCGAGGAAACAAGUCUGUUGAAACGACAAGAAGCCACCCAGACCCAGAGUGUGGUCGUAGAAACGGUUUUGCAAGUGGUGGACACAAACUCUCAUACUCUCUGGCAAUCCGCCGGGGUUGAUUUCCCAUUGACGCUUUCGGACUCUGCCUUUGGUGCCGUCACCCUCUCAGCCGGUGAAACUGCAUUUGCAUCGGAGGCUGCGUUGCUCGUUACAUCACCAACAGCUCUGCCCAUCGCUCAACAAACAAAUUCAACGACCCCAGCGUCCGAGACUGUACCACAUACAAGCAGGCCGACUGUGGCUGUUUCUUCGCCAAAGACUUCUUCCGCUAUCAGCUCUACGCCAACAUCCUCAAUACCUCUCGUUUCGACAUCAUCCAAUUCUACAUCUUCGUCUACUGCAUUCGCCCAUGGUGAGAGCAUUUACUCUACGUCAUCCGCCGUUUCCUCCACAACAUCUUCCAGCAGCUCGAGCACGUCGUCAACUUCAUCUACUUGGUACGGAGGCUAUGGUCAGACUGUUGGUGGCACCAGUAGCGGGUCAUCACCAACAAGCACCAACUCAGAAUCUUCGUCAGGGUCAGACACAGGCUCUGACACGACAACAGGAAAAAUUAUUGGCGGUGUUGUUGGCAGUGUUGCCGGUGUUGCUCUACUUCUGUUGCUUAUUCUUUUCCUGUUCCGCCGACGGAGCCUCCAACAAAAGGGCACGCAGGCCCUGCCAUCAUCAGAUUCUGGUGUACGGGAAGUAGCUGAACGACGAACAAGCAAAGACCCUCUCUUUGGCGCGUCAUAUCUUGCACCCGCCUUCGUGAAGCGCUGGCGCCAGUCCACAAUGAGUACCAAAACGGAGAGUACCGUCUCCUCCACUCCAAGUGAGCGGGGCUUUCAAAAGAUAUCUGGACGCAAAAUCGCUCCCGUUCUCACCCAUGGAGGUGAUGGUUUCGGUGGUGCAUCAACGAGUGGCUCCCCAACCAUCCCAGACUCCCUCAUCGGGCUCUCUCCCUCGUCUCCCGGAGGCCCUCUUUCCUCGCCUUCACACGCACCACCAACAGCAACACCGUUUGGCAUGCCACUUGACACCAACGUCACACGCGAAACCGGGGAAGAGAACAUCACCCCAACACGACCGCGACAAGCCCACAUCCCAGUCUCAAGCUCUGUCAAUUUUGGUUCUCCGACAACUAUCACCCCUUCUCAUCCAAUUCCCCAACCCCAGAGUGCCAUACCAGUGGCUCCUCGAAAGGAUCCACUGGGACGCAGCCUUCCAAGCUUCGACGGGAGUCGCGACAGUCGCGGCAGCCGUUUCACAGAAAGCUUGGAUCUGUGA